CCGGCCGGGCUUUGCCAGAUCAGAGAAGGCAUCGAUGGCGUCAAGCUAGCUGAGCCACAGGCUGAGACGCCGAGGGAGCAGGGAGAUGGAGUAAGCUUGACGCAACCACGACACACCCUAUAAAGCCCGGCGCCCCUUUCCCCCCUCUCCUCCUCCUCAAAGCCCCAGGCUCCCCCAACUCCCUCUCCUUGCUCGCUCGCUCUCCAUGGACGCUCCAGGAAGCUGCACGCCUCCUGCACGCUAAGUGAUCACAGAAGCUAGCUGCUGCCAAGAUUUACCAGUUUUGACCCUGAACCAAACAGGAGCUACCUGCUAGCUAGCUCCUGGUAGAAGCAGCAGCGGCUAACAGUGUGCCCGAGCAGGUGUACUAGCUAAUAGCUAAGCGAGCUAGCUCGUUAUAGCUGUGCGCGUAGCUUGAUUGAUUGGCUAGCGGUAUUAGCGUUAGGUAGCUGGUGAAUUUUUUUGUUGGGGGGCAUGGAGAGCGCGCCGGUGCUGGUGAGGCACGCCGGCGGCGUGGCCGUGGCGGCGCUGCGGCAGCUGCCGCCGGGGUUCCGGUUCCGCCCCACGGACGAGGAGCUGGUGGUGCAGUACCUCCGCCGCAAGGCCCUGGGCGUGCCGCUCCCCGCCGCCGUCAUCCCCGUCGUCCGCGACCUCUACAGCCUCGACCCCUGGGACAUCCCUGCCGCCGCUGAUGCGAGCGAGGGGGAGAAGUACUUCUUCGCGGUCCGGCCGGCGGGCGUCGGCGGCAGCGGAUGCAGCGGCAAGCUGGGCGGCGGCGCCAGGGCAGCGACCGCGAGCGGGCGUUGGAAGCCGUCGGGGAAGGAGAAGCCGGUGGUCCUGCCCCGGCCGUGCGGCGGCGGGAGCCUCCUCGUCGGCGUGAAGCGAGCGAUGACGUUCGCGCCCCGGCGGAAUAAGAAGAAGGCGUCGUCGGCCGCCCUGGCCGCCGGGUGGGUCAUGCACGAGUACCGCCUUGCCGCGCCGCUGCACAAGAACGGCUGCAGCCUGGCGCAGGCCGAAGGGGAGUGGGUGGUGUGCCGGGUCUUCCAGAGGAGCAGCAACAGCAACAGCCCGAGACGGCGAGCGACGCCACCGGCCGCCGGCCACGCCGCCGCCGCGUCGCCGUCGUCGUCGACCGCCAGCUGCGUCACGGACGGCUCGGACCAGGAGGAGGUCAGCAGCUAGCGACCUCGCGGCCGGCCGGCCCCAAGAAACGCAAGGUCUGCACAGCUGCUGCUAGCUUGCUGUGCCUCUCAAAGAGAGGCUGGAUCGGAGCUGAGUUAGCCUAUAGCCUUAGGCUGAAACCAGGAAACGAAAACGACCUGCCGACCUUACUUAAUUUUCUUGCUUGCUCCAACAUUUCUUGUCACUUUAGUUCCUUCUCUCUUUCUCUCUCUCUCUCCCCAUCUGUAUAAUGUAAUGCAGUGUAAUCUAGUGAGAGGAAGCAGGCAGUACCGGAUCAUUAACAAACAAGUUAAUCAGGUUCAGGAAGCUUCUAGUUGAGGUUUUCAGAAGCCAGAUGUGUGGUGUCUCGUAUGAAACUAUGCAGGUAGCAGCUGCAGAGAAGUGGCCUCUGCAUGUGGCCAAUUUGUAACUCGCAAGUUGUCCUUAAGGUCUUUGUAAUGUUUCUUCAGGGAAAGAGGGAUCUGAAGCCGUAACAGCAAUUGCUACGUUCGGCCGUGCUAGCUACUA